AUGACUGAGUUUGACGAUUGCAGUCACGGCACAUCCAAUAUGUAUCUGCCAGGGUGCGCUUAUUACGUCUCACCCUCAGAUUUCUCGACGAAACCCUCUUUUUUGUCGCAAUCUUCGUCCUGUCAAAUGACUUUUCCUUAUUCUUCUAAUUUACCUCACGUCCAACCUGUGCGCGAAGUAGCAUUCAGGGAAUACGGAUUAGAGCGCAGCAAAUGGCAGUAUAGGGGCAGUUAUGCUCCUUAUUACUCAGCUGAAGAGGUGAUGCACAGAGACUUUCUGCAGCCUGCGAACAGGAGGACGGAAAUGUUAUUCAAAACGGACCCUGUCUGCGGCCACCACGGACCGUCUCCCGCCGCCUCCAACUUCUACAGCUCGGUGGGGAGGAACGGCAUCCUGCCGCAAGGCUUCGACCAGUUUUACGAGACAGCCCCCGGACCCCCGUACCAGCAGCACUCCGAGGGCGAGGGGGAUGCGGACAAGGGCGACUUGAAAGCCCCGAGCAGCACUUGCAGUAAAACACCUUCCAGCCAAGAGAAGAAAGUGACACCAGCAAACAGCGCCGAUUCCCCUUCUGGUGAGGCUGUUGCAGAGAAGAGCAACAGUUCAGCAAUUCCCCAGCGAUCAAGGAAAAAGAGGUGUCCCUAUACCAAAUACCAGAUAAGAGAACUGGAACGGGAGUUUUUCUUCAACGUGUACAUAAACAAAGAGAAAAGACUGCAGUUGUCCAGAAUGCUCAACCUCACUGACCGGCAAGUUAAAAUCUGGUUCCAGAAUCGAAGGAUGAAAGAAAAGAAACUGAACAGAGAUCGACUCCAAUAUUUCACUGGGAAUCCCUUGUUUUGAAAAA